UUGCAAAUUCCCGGACUGCUGGGAGCAGAGAAGGAAAGGGGCGGAGGAGAGAGGGCUGCUGCGGGCGCCGUGCAGGGGGCACCCGGGGCCCGAGGGGCUGACGGCCGGUCGGGGAGAAGCCGCUCGCGGCGGGCCGUUCUGCCUCCGGUGGCCUCACCAGGAAGCGUCAGAGUCUUGACACCGGGGAAGCUCCGGGCGCCGCCGCCGCCGCCUCCCUCCCGGCACUGGGUCCCCGAGCCCCCGCCCCGGCUCCGGGCCAGCCCUCCGCCCUCCGGGACCCUCCGGCUCGGGCGCCUUCCCGGGCGAUGGCUGGCCGCUGAGCAUGGCUCAGUACGGCCACCCCAGCCCGCUCGGCAUGGCUGCGAGAGAGGAGCUGUACAGCAAAGUCACCCCGCGGAGGAACCGCCAGCAGCGCCCCGGCACCAUCAAGCAUGGAUCGGCGCUGGACGUACUCCUGUCCAUGGGGUUCCCCAGAGCCCGCGCACAAAAAGCCUUGGCAUCCACAGGAGGAAGAAGUGUUCAGGCAGCAUGUGACUGGUUGUUCUCCCACGUCGGCGACCCCUUCCUGGAUGACCCCCUGCCCCGGGAGUACGUCCUCUACCUCCGCCCCACCGGCCCCUUAGCGCAGAAGCUCUCCGACUUCUGGCAGCAGUCGAAGCAGAUCUGCGGCAAGAACAAGGCGCACAACAUCUUCCCUCACAUCACCCUCUGCCAGUUCUUCAUGUGUGAGGACAGCAAGGUGGACGCCCUGGGGGAAGCCCUGCAGACCACCGUCAGUCGCUGGAAAUGUAAGUUCUCAGCGCCGCUGCCCCUGGAGCUCUAUAUCUCCUCCAACUUCAUCGGCCUCUUCGUGAAGGAAGACAGCGCAGAGGUCCUCAAGAAGUUUGCCGCCGACUUUGCUGCAGAGGCUGCCUCCAAAACCGAAGUGCACGUGGAGCCUCAUAAGAAGCAGCUGCACGUGACCCUGGCUUACCACUUCCAAGCCAGCCACCUGCCCACGCUAGAGAAACUCGCCCAGAACAUUGAUGUCAAACUCGGGUGCGACUGGGUGGCUACCAUAUUCUCCCGGGAUAUCCGAUUUGCUAACCACGAGACGUUACAGGUGAUCUACCCCUACACCCCGCAGAACGACGAUGAGCUGGAGCUGGUCCCUGGGGACUUCAUCUUCAUGUCGCCCAUGGAGCAGACCAGCACCAGUGAGGGCUGGAUCUACGGCACGUCCCUGACCACAGGCUGCUCUGGACUCCUGCCUGAGAACUACAUCACCAAGGCUGACGAGUGCAGCACCUGGAUAUUUCAUGGUUCUUACUCGAUCUUAAAUACGCCAUCUUCCAAUGCGCUCUCAUUUGGGGAUGGCAUCCUGGAGAGGCGACAGUAUGAGGACCAGGGCCUGGGGGACACGGCGCCCCUGACCAUCAUCUGCCAGCCCACCCAGCCUCUGAGGAUCGGCAGCCAGCCUGGCCCUCAAAAGAGAUGCCUCUUCGUGUGUCGGCACGGUGAGAGGAUGGAUGUUGUUUUUGGGAAGUACUGGCUAUCCCAGUGCUUCGACGCCAAAGGUCGCUACAUACGCACUAACCUGAACAUGCCUCAUAGCUUACCUCAGCGGAGUGGUGGUUUCCGAGAUUACGAGAAAGAUGCUCCAAUCACCGUGUUCGGAUGUAUGCAAGCAAGACUCGUGGGUGAAGCCUUGUUAGAGAGUAACACCAUCAUUGACCAUGUCUACUGCUCUCCGUCCCUGCGCUGUGUCCAGACUGCAUACAACAUCCUGAAAGGUUUACAACAAGAAAAUCACUUGAAGAUCCGCGUAGAGCCUGGUUUAUUUGAGUGGACAAAGUGGGUCGCUGGGAACACAUUACCUGCGUGGAUACCGCCAUCAGAGUUAGCUGCAGCCAACCUGAGUAUUGAUACAACCUACAGACCUCACAUUCCAGUCAGCAAAUUAGUGGUUUCAGAAUCCUAUGACACCUAUAUCAGUAGAAGUUUCCAAGUAACAAAGGAAAUAAUAAGUGAAUGUAAAAGUAAAGGAAAUAACAUCCUGAUUGUGGCCCAUGCAUCUUCCCUUGAAGCGUGUACCUGCCAACUUCAGGGCCUGUCACCUCAGAACUCCAAGGACUUUGUACAAAUGGUCCGAAAGAUCCCCUACUUGGGGUUUUGUUCCUGUGAAGAAUUAGGAGAAACUGGAAUCUGGCAGCUGACAGACCCACCAGUCCUCCCUCUUACCCAUGGACCAACUGGGGGCUUCAACUGGAGAGAGACCCUGCUGCAAGAAUAAACGCAUGAGCGAACAAGAAGAAAAGACUUGAGGAAGGCUUUGGGAGAAGUGUCUCUUUGUGUACUUAGUAACAGUGGGAAAGUCUGCACCACAUCCUAAGUGGACAGCUCAGAAUAAUUUAGCAUAUUUCCUUUCAGGCUUUAACGUUCUUAGGAUGAGACCAUGUCAAGGAGAGAAAGACUCGAUUCAGGGAAAAAAAUUCAUUCUCCCUGGACUCUUGCCUCGCUAACAAGGCUUUCAAGAAUUGUCUUCCUAUACAGGGGCACCUGCUACAGCAGAGGAUGUUUCCUCCCUUCCAUCUGUGCUAAGGAGCCUGGGUCCUCCCAAAGAGAGCUGCCAGCCUACUCUGAGGAAGGAUGCAGGAAAAUCCAGCUGGAGGGACACCAAGCUGCCAGUCCGGUGAUCGGAUUUUCUUUUCUUUUUAACUCCCAUGUUCCAGUUAAAACCAAGCUGCAGAAUUCUUUUAAGGUGAUUAGAAAACAUGCGGUUUCCCAUCAAUUUCUACCCUCGGUAUGACCCACACACCAGUGCUGCUGGCUCAGGCCAUCUGCUGGAGGACUCUUAACCUUCACCCUGGUACUGCCACAUCACAUUUUCUCUAGAGAAAAGCUGACUACAGCUUUUUGCUACCGUCCUACCCCCUUACUUCUAUCUAUCUGUGAAAUGGGGAGACAGAGCAUUUUUGCUCUCCAAAGCACUUUCGGAUACUCAGGAGGAAGAUAAGAUAAACGUGUGACGUAUUCAAUUGUAGGAGCAACGAACUUGCCAAAUAUAUCAAAGGAGUUACUCGAGUCACAGCCUAACGAGCCACAGGACUUCUGAAUCCCAGUGAUUUGCUUGUCUUUGCCCCGAGAGUCUAGACCAUGUUGACUGGUUAAGGAUGUUGACAUUUUCAGAUGUAUGUGAAAUACAUCCUUUGAGUCAGCAAGAAGCUCAUUCUUGUGCAAUAUGGACUUCGUUACAGACCAUACCAAGGGUCAGGUCACUGUACGCUUACAGUACAUGUCAGCCAUAACAGAACACCCACAAAUGCAUCAGUUACAUCCAGAGAUGUGUUAUGAAGUCAGGGAACUAACUUAAACGAUGACAGUCUCGACU